AUGUCCAGCGUAGGGAAUACGAUUGUUGGAGGAAUACAGGACAUAUCGGCGCUCCUUCCACUAUUGGGGACCGAACAAUGCGAAGAACACGUUGGUUCUGCAUUGUACAGAGGCUUUCUGUACGUAUGCAUUUCCCCAAUCUCAAUUUUCGGCAGUCUCGGUAUUGCGAAGGCAGGCUUCAACGUAGUGCUCGCAAGUUUCAAUAUUCAACGGCUGGAGUUUCUCGGAGCUAAAAAACUUGACGAUGGUGGCUUCACACCGAAGGGCGCAGUCGCGCCCAUGAUCGGUUUGGAUCCACUUCACCAGAACCGAUUUUUAGCAGAGAGUCGGCUGGAAGUGAUGUUGAGGGAUGAAAACAUAGAGAACGUGGAGGACUUGACGGUCUCUUGGGAUAAAGGGAACCCGCUUUGGAACCUUAAACUCAUCUUAUUCACAUUCUUGGGUGCGCCUCUGGGGCUUACCCCAUACCUCUACAUUAUCCUCCGCUCCGGGAACACGACAGGCGACCCACUUUUUCUCGCAGGUUGGGGGUUCCCAAUCAUCCGCAUUGUGGGCUCAUGCCUUUGUGUGAUUGUCGUGCAGAUCCUCAUUCAGAUUCGUAUUCUGGUCAUCAUUCGGAUGCGGCUUCUCUUUAUAUCUAUGGACAGGAUCAUCAAAGAGGAGAAUAUCAACUUGGAAGCAAAGCCAUAUAAUCUCUCGUGGAACUCGCAUACCACGUCCGAGACGUGUUUAUGGGCGUUGGAAAGGUGGCUUGCACAGCAGGAUGGAGGGGAUGAACGAAAUGAGCUCCGAGGCCGGCUGCGGGUGAGAUACGAGCAUGAACACAGGCGACAGUUUCCGCCAAACUCGCGUCUUCGGAGGUUUAUUGAGCCAUGGAUGAACUUUUUUCUUCACUGGUUGCUCGCAGGCGGCAUCUUCCUCGCUAUUUUGGGAUACAUAGGUUGUUUCAACCUGGUCUCGAACGCGCCAUCGAAUUCACAUGGGCCGCUGAUAUGGUUGGGCAUGGAAGUUUUUCUUUCAGUACUCCGAAUUGUUGUAUGGGCGUUCAAUCCAUCAUGGGACGAUUCCAAGGGCAUCACCUUCAAUCUCAAGCUCGCCGCACACUCACCCCUCAUAACAUGCAGCAAAUCGUUCAGCGACAUCGAAGAAGACGGCGAGGCCCCGGUGAUGCGAGCCAACAGCUUCCUCGAGGAGAUUGUCGCGUACACAGGCCCUUUACCUUCGUUUAGUUGGCCCGAUGUUGCGCUCUAUUACAUUCUUACGUCUCGGGACGAUCCUUCAAAUGUUCAAGAUGACGAACCCGCACAUGGGAUUCUUUACGUCGUGAUACUGGACUACAAAGAACAAACGAGCCGCAUCCUCACCAAAUCCCCUGGAACCGACUCCUAUUUCGAUAUUUUUAUCUCCUCACUUGAACCCGACCCUGGUAGCACAGUGAUCAACGUGAAGUUCGUCACAACAGAUGAUGGCAGACGUGUUGUCACUCCUCCUAAAUCCCAUUCCCUGACAGCUGAUGCCAGAUUCAUGGAGGAACUGACGCGACACUAUAACAAGAUCAUCUCACAGAUCCGAAAUCGGCGGGACCCCGUUGAAUUUCCUAAAGCGUGGGACAUGCUACGCUCAGACGAGGAAUCGAGCUCUCAGGAUGAUGCAGACGAUUGGCCAGGCAGCGGUAUGCCGGUCAAAGGUCACGAUCAAAGCGACGAUGACGAGAAAAGUAGCAAUAACAGCGGAUCGAGGAGGACCACGUUGAAUUUUUUCGACACCAAACGCUUUGAUUUAUUAUUGACAAAGGAGGACGUCGCUUAUCUUCGCCAAGGGCAGCUGGAGAGAAGAUGUAAGAUUUUCUUUGGCGCUCUCGAGGAAUGGAUAGAACUCUUUGUUGUCGCCCAUGUCGAAGCGCUUCUGAAGGCCGUGCCGACCAACAUUGUUUUCAAGGAAGGAGAGUCUGUGACGGUGGUGCAAAAGUACGAAGCCAAUGAGGUCGAAUACUUGCUCAUCGAGUGCCGUGCGCACAUGGAACGCCUGGCGCAAACAACAUUUAAUAAAUGGAUAUCAUUUUUGGAAACCAGUCAUCAGACCAUGGUCAAAGCAGUGUUAGACGGCACCUUCCCAUCCAACUCUGGGGUUCAGUACGGGUUAUCAUCAUCAUCAGAAGAGAACGGCUCCCUCCAAUCAAAUGAUAACAGGAGCGAGGAAGGGCUCAAAUACGAGAAGUUGCGCUCGAGACUCGUCAAUGAGUGGCAGAGACUUCUUGAGGUUUCAGAAACAUCUAGGGCGGAGAACAUGCGUAAGCGACUGGAUUUGCAGAGAGAUACAACGAAACAGAGAAUCCAAGCCAGGAAAUACCACGACCAGGAGGGCGAGACCAUUAUUGCGGUUUGGAAGGCUCGUCUACACCUAUUGGAGGCGGAUUCUCCUGAACAAAACCAAAAUGCUGGCAUUGAAGAGAAUGACGGCACUGACUCAAGCCCUGCAGCUCCCGAAUCUGCUGUUCAUUCACCUGAUGGUGACGCUCACGACGAAGCACCAGAUACUCAAUUUAUUGCCAAAAUGGUCGAACGAUUUAAUAAAGGCCAACAGGAAGUUGGCCAAAUUCCCGACAACGCUCAGAAGAAUUUCAAAAAGAAUAUGAUCUCUCGCUAUGAUCGUAUGAAAGAAAGAUGUCGCUCUCGUGCCACCGAGAUGCUAAGCAGAAUGGAAGUCGAACGGCAAGCUAUCAAGCAAAUGAGCGUGACUGAUUUCCUGACCGACGAUACUUCGCUAUGGCAGGAGAGGAGGGUGUACUGGAGUCGUGAAUCCUUACAACAGCGACUACGCCUGCUGAGACAAAAUUCUCAUAAAUUCGUUGAAGCUCCAGAUAUGGUGACGGAAGAUUCUCUGGAUGUUCUAGAGUAA